AAGAUGGAUCAAAUUCGGUAUAAAUGUGGAUACUGCGGAUGGCUUUUCGGGUUCAACACAAACUUUAUUGAUCACAAUUGCUUUAAAGGUUAUGUUGAAGAUGUAGAUUAUAUCAAAAUUGACGAAAACUAUGUUGUGACAAUAGUCGAAAAGAAUCCAACAAUUGUUGAGAGGAAAGGAAAUUUGGAUGAAUUGUUGAUUGAAGCAGUUAGAAACAAAUGUGCACUUUAUGAUUUUCGUAUACCUGCUUCGGAAAGAAGUAUGUUGCGCAAGAAUGCAUUAUGGAUGGAAGUUUCGAAUAUAUUACAAG